UCUUCUCAGCAGCAGUUUCCUUUUCGAAGCGCAGCUGUACUUGCAGCAUUAAGCGCGUGGCAAAGCGACCCCCCGGACCGCACAUCGGCAGUAAACGACGCGGGAGGUCCUCCGGUACUGGCAGACACAGAGCAGCCAGCGGUCGGCCCUCCGGCGCCCUUCCCUUUCGCUUCCCGAUGUGUGACAGCGGACUUAGACUGAGACUCCGAACUGGAACCUGCUGCUGUCCUGACGCCGGACAAAGCGGCGCACUGAGUCCUGAGCUCACAGGGCCAAGGUUUGCUCUCAUGAACUUGAGCCCGAAAAGUGCCACACAAGCAAAGAGUGAAAUUUUUCUCACUUGGGUGGAGCACUGCAAAUUGUCUGUAGUACUCAUCCAGAAACUGAUGACACUUCUUUUUGGACCUUUAAAGGGUAAAUAAACCCUUGCAAACCCCUGACCUCGUAUCACUGCAGCGCCAGAACAGGAGGAACCACAAAGGGUGAAGAUUGAUUUCGUUAUGACAAGCUGCUGUUCGAAAAAUGUCCACAUUGUCUGCGACUAAUAUCGCUGAUGUUGGUCAUGAUGAGAUUGCUGCAUUCAGGAUCAUGCCGGAUCUGGACUCCAGUGUGGACAUCAUGCAAGGCAGCCACGAUGGUUUGCUGCCUCUCCCUCAUCUAGCUACUGUUUCCUCUCUGCAGAACGAGGGUGCUCCGCCAGUGGACCUGGGCUGGCACCUGUCCGCGGAGUCUGGUGACAUCCCAACGGAUCCUGCAGAGAAUCAGCCUGUGAAACGCAAGAAAGGCCCCGCUCCCAAGAUGCUGGGCAACGAGGUGUGCAGCGUGUGUGGCGACAAGGCCUCAGGCUUCCACUACAACGUGCUGAGCUGCGAGGGCUGCAAGGGCUUCUUCCGCCGCAGCGUCAUCAAGGAUGCCCAGUACGCCUGCAAGAACAGUGGCAAGUGCGAGAUGGACAUGUACAUGCGGCGCAAGUGCCAGCAAUGUCGGCUGCGCAAGUGCCGGGAGGCGGGCAUGCUGGAGCAGUGUGUGCUAUCUGAAGAGCAGAUUAGGCUGAAGAAGAUGAAGAAGCAGCAGGAGGAAGAAUCGGCUCGUGCCUCAGCAGCGCCACCCACCCCAGCGCUCGGGGCAGGGGCACCCCAGCUGGCUCCACAGCAGCGUGAGAUGAUCGAGAAGCUGGUGGCAAUGCAGAAGCAGUGUAACAAGAGGUCCUUCCUCGACCGGCUCAAAGUCACCCCAUGGCCCAAGAACCAGGACCCCCUAAACCGUGAGGUUCGCCAGCAGCGCUUCGCCCACUUCACAGAGUUGGCCAUCAUGUCUGUCCAGGAGAUUGUGGAUUUUGCCAAGCAACUGCCUGGUUUCCUGGAGCUCACCCGUGAGGACCAGAUCGCCCUGCUCAAGACCUCCACCAUCGAGAUCAUGUUACUGGAAACAUCAAGGAGAUACAAUCCUGCUAUUGAAAGCAUCACCUUCUUGAAGGACUUCAGUUAUAACAAGGAAGAUUUUGCAAAAGCAGGGCUGCAGUUUGAGUUCAUCAACCCCAUCUUUGAGUUUUCCAAGGGAAUGAAUGACCUUCACCUGGACGAAGCCGAGUACGCCCUGCUCAUCGCCAUAAACAUCUUCUCAGCAGACCGCCCCAAUGUACAGGACCAUGAUUUAGUAGAAAGACUUCAGCAGCCAUAUGUGGACGCACUUCACUCUUACAUCAGGAUCAAGAGGCCCACAGACCAGCUGAUGUUCCCACGCAUGCUAAUGAAGCUGGUGAGCCUGAGGACCCUCAGCAGCGUACACUCUGAGCAGGUCUUUGCCCUGCGACUGCAGGACAAGAAGCUACCACCUCUGCUGUCCGAGAUCUGGGACGUCCAUGAGUGAUGCACCCUGCAAAUUCCCACCCUCAACCUCGCAGGCUUGGAUCGUCCGAAAUGGAUGCGACAUUUCCCAAACACUGGGCAUUCCCCCUUAAUAUUUAAUCUUUUGGGUAUCAUCCCUCUCUUAGAAAUGGUGCAACAGGGUCUCAUUGUGGUCUUUUCACCCCUUAAGAAAAAACUUGAAGUGGACAAAUCCAAAGGGACUAAGACUGCAUUCUGUAAUAUUGCCCUAAUCCCAGUAAAUCUUCUUGUCCUGGUUGAGGAUAGUGAUAAAACCUCAGGAAGAGCUUCUCUGUACAGAGGAACAGUGCAAAGGCCACACACCAUUUGUUUUAUUUGUUCCUCUCUGGUUUAUUUAGGAUGAGUUACCUUUCAGAGACCUCCGAAACAUCAGAUCCUUUUCAACUGCCAUUUCCUUUGCGUGAAGUGGAUGCAGUUCUGUACAUGGGCUGACCUCUCAAAUUUAAGAACCGGUGUUAAUGUUAAUACAGUGACUAACGUUAUACUAUUAACAUUCAAAAAGCUGUAGCAGGGCUUGGCUAGAGAACCCCUGGUUAUUGAUAGGAUUUUAUAUGAUUGUUGAACUUUUAUGUAAUUGCCCCACUGGUUGGUGGCAAGACAUAAAAUGUCUUAGCAGGGAUCAGUCAGAUAUAAGUACAGGUCAUGUUUUGCUUACUGUUUAAAUCCAUUUUACUAAAAACAACAUUUUAGAUUACUUUGUGCCUUACAGAGUCUGCUAUUCCUUCUCCCUCUGUCUCUUGGCUUUCAAAGUAUAAAACUA